AGGAGAAAGAACCAAGCCGCACUAUCUAAUCUCAGUGGACUAAAGUUUCAACAGGCUGUUAUUGAAGGGAAGCAAAAGAACCAUUGCAGUUUAACCAGUGAGAGGCUACUGGAUUCAAACAAGACGUUUAACAAAACAUUUCAAGCAGUGGCUCUCUAAGGAUCAGAGGAUACAGUAAAUUCUACAAAUUAAUCCAUAAAUGCUGCCAGACCUGUUCGGCUUUUCCAGCAACUUUGUUUUUGUCCCUGAUUUACAACAUUCACAGUUCUUCCGGUUUUUAUUUACAUUCUAAUGUUCAUCAAAUGACAGAAGUCAAGGCAAUAGUUCAAAAAGCAAACUUCAAAAACAAAUGCUAAGCCUGGAUUUUCACUGCAGUGGUGGGAGCUCAGAGUUGGGUCAGUUCCCGGAUCCGUGGUGAGAAAGAGCUUAGAUAUUUGGAUUUUCAUGCCAGAAGACAUCUACAGAAUGUGUAUGCUGAUGUAAUUCAUGAAAGUUGUUGCAGGAAAAGGUCGAAACAAUAACAAUGAGAACUCUGGGAUUUGUUCUGAUUUUUGUCCUAAGGAUUGAUGCUUUUUCCAAUCCUUCAAUGGAGCCCCUGUGCCAAAUUUCAGAAAACGCAGUCAAUAUCAAAAUGGACAUGGCAACACGCUCCGCUGAUUAUUACUUCUUACAGAGCCUGGAAUCGGACAAGAUUGCAAUAGAUUAUGCUAAGGUAGAACAUAAGAACAAUGCAACAUACUAUGGGGAGGCCUGGCAUACAGCCUAUCAUGAAUGGCAGCUCAGAAAAAAGGAACUCGAAAUACCUACUGGUCUCGUGGAAGAGCAUGUCAUCGCAAUCCUGUGCUACACCCUAGACAGCCCACCGCUCUACGGCUAUUUCAACAGGGCUCUUCGAAACUAUGGUGCCACUGAUAAAAUGUAUUCUGAAUGCUUCCAUUACAAAAGUCUGCACUAUCUUUUGUCUGUAGCUCUGAGUGUAUUGCAGAACAGUUCUUGGGGUCCUGAUCCAAGAACACAGGUCUACAGAACAAUAAAUAGAGCAGUUCUGGUCAGUGAAGGAGCACAUAUCCGCUUUGGCCAAUUUGCUUCAACAUCCCUGAACAUGUUUCAAUCGGUCUCAACAUUCACAGACAAGGAAUCAAGCAGUAACACACUCUUUAACAUCACCACAUCCCUGGGUGUUGCCAUCCAAAACUUCUCUUUCUUUCGUAGGGAAGAGGAAGUGCUCAUUCCACCGUAUGAGAUAUUUAACGUUACCAAUGUCAUCAAGUGGGAAGAUGACCUUGGGGUGCGAGGUGUCAACAUUGCCCUUUCAUCCGUUGGACGUAAACAAACGGUGGUAAAACUUGAGUCAGAUGGCCCGGGACAUCUUCGUGUGGUGAGGAUGCAAGAACCAAUAUCUCCAUUGUGGUUCUCACUUUUGGCACUCAUAGGACUCCUGCUGCUUGCCACUUGUCUUUUUUAUUUGAAGAAACAGAAAUAUAUCUAAUCCCCUGGUUGAUUAGAGUGUCCAGUGUGUCCAUAAUUGAGAAGUUGUAGUCACAAAGCACAAUGAGGCCACACCUCAGUAAAAUUAAUUAAAAAUCUGUUCACUGCCCUUCCAUUUGUUUAGUGUAAGAUUCUCCUAAUAUCCGAGCAUCUUGAU